AUGUCUGUCUACGCCAGCUCCGCCCAGCUGCAGCAGAACCAGAAUCUGCAACACCAGCAGCAGCAGAGACACCAGCAGCGUUUGAAUGAGUUGUUGGAUGCAGUGAAGCAGGAAUUUGACUUUGCCCUUAACGAGGCGUCCAACUUUUCGAAAAUCAAGGAGGACUACGACUCCAAAUGCAGCCAGCAGACCGCAGAGAUGCAGCAAAUUCGCCAGACCGUGUACGAGUUGGAAAUGGCCCACAGGAAAAUCAAGGAGGCUUACGAGGAGGAGAUUUUGCGCUUGAAAACAGAAUUGGAAAAUAGAGACAGGCAAAUUCAACACAAACAACCUACGGAUGCUCAGUACCCUUACCCUUAUCCACAACAGCAACAACAGCAGCAGCAACAGCAGCAACAACAGCAACAGCAACAACAUCAAUCUCCUCAACAGGGACAGCCGCAGCUCGUUCAACCAGGUCCAGCGCUCAAGGCCAACAUUAAACCGGAGUCUGUUAAAGCUUCUCCUAGUAUUGCCAAGUUGGAACCUUCUGCUGAAGCGGCUAGAGAAGCUCCAGCUCCAGAGUUUUCGUCGGCAUUGACUGUUAUUGACAAGUCGCAGUACAUCGUCAACCCCCAAGAGAAAAACAUGCACGUGAAGGAAAUUCCUCCUUUCCUCGCAGAUUUGGACGUGAUGAAGGCUAACCCAGACUUCAAGAAGCAGAGCCCAGAAUUUUAUGUCUUGUACAAUCCAGCAUUCAAGCGUGACUUGGAUGUUGAGUUGAUGCAAUCUUUGGACCACUCUUCUGUUGUUUGCUGUGUCAAGUUCUCCAGAAACGGCGAGUACAUUGCUACCGGGUGCAACAAGACCACCCAAGUUUUCGAUGUCAAGACUGGUGCUUUAAUUGCCAAGUUGAUUGAUGACAAUUCGGCCAGUAAUGCUUCGGGAGAUGGCGAGGGCGACAACGAAAACGGCGAAAACGGUACAAACGGAUCCUCCAACAACGCUUCGACUAACGCAAACGGUGACUUGUACAUCCGUUCUGUGUGCUUCUCUCCUGACGGAAAGUUGUUGGCUACAGGUGCAGAGGACAAGUUGAUUCGUAUCUGGGACUUGGCCACGAAAAGAAUUAUCAAGAUUUUGCGUGGUCACGAGCAGGACAUUUACUCAUUGGACUUUUUCCCUGAUGGAGACCGCUUGGUUUCUGGUUCUGGGGACCGCACUGUCAGAAUCUGGGAUUUGCGUUCAGCUCAAUGCUCUUUGACGUUGUCUAUCGAAGACGGUGUUACCACUGUUGCUGUGUCUCCAAACGGAAAAUUGAUUGCUGCAGGUUCUUUGGACAAGACAGUACGUGUGUGGGAUUCCUCGACUGGAUUCCUUGUUGAGAGAUUGGACUCGAGCAAUGAGUCAGGCAAUGGCCACCAGGACUCGGUGUACUCUGUUGCAUUCUCUGCUGACGGUAACCAGAUUGCAUCGGGUUCGUUGGACAGAACAGUCAAGUUGUGGAAUUUGGAAGGAAAAGCAGACUCGGCGCAAGCAGGCGCAGGCGCAAACGCGCAAAUAACGAAGAAAUCGAGCUGUGAGGUUACCUACGUUGGGCACAAGGACUUUGUCUUGAGUGUGUGCUCUACGCCAGACAGCCAGUACAUUUUGUCUGGUUCUAAAGACCGUGGAGUGAUUUUCUGGGACCAGGCGUCGGGUAACCCAUUGUUGAUGUUGCAGGGUCACCGCAACUCAGUCAUCUCGGUGGCUGUUUCUUUCAACUCUCUGGGAACAGAAGGUAUCUUUGCUACCGGUAGCGGUGACUGCAAGGCCAGAUUGUGGAGAUGGAGAAGAAAGUGA